AUGAAGACGCUUCUCCUCUUUUUGGUAUGCUUUUUUUUGUUAAUUUAAGGGCAAAUCAGUUGUAGAUGUACUUAGCCUCUCCAGGAGCUUCAGUGAGACUCGUUUUGGUAUGAAAAGAAUGAAAAAGAAAGGAAUAUUACAUUUGAAUUCAGGACUGCGAUCACAAACCUACCGAGGUUUGAAUCAGCGAUCGAUUCCCAGCUAUUGACCCCCAGGUCGAUCCGAGAUGCUGUCCCAGCGAUGGAGUCUGGUCAGAAUGGAUUUCCUCGGUACAAGGUUGCUCUGUUCCCUGCGGCUCUUGUAGCAAAUCAACUGAAAUCAGGACGUGUCUUUCUGAUAAUAUCAACUGUCCGUGCAGGUACUCGAGAGUCUCUACAUGAUUUUCUGAAAACCUCAUAUUCAGAGGAGAGACAACGCAACAAGUUUACUGUGCCGAGAACGUUUGCUUUUUCCCAUACCUCAGUUGCUGCAAACCGUUCAGAGCCACUGUCCGUGGUCCCCACCAUGUUUGCAAUAGUUCUCUUGUGAGUUGAACAACUAAAAUAUAAUUUUGGAUACUUUUUAGCCUCCUGAACCAGUUAGAUCAAAGGCUAGCUGCGGUUUGGGCUGCUGUCCACCAAAUGGUUCGUUCAAAAAACUCUACAAAGCUUCCUAGAUGGGCAGACGAUUUUUGUAGGUCUCCCGAGUUUUCUAAAAAUAUGAUUCAACACUAUAUACCUCAAAAUGAUUGAACAUUCUCCGCUUUUGUCAAUUCCAGCUCCUUGAGCUUAAAAAUCAUGUCAAUUCGAGGUAUCUGGGGUGAAUGGGAGGAAUGUCCGGCGACUUCACGCUUAAGCUGUGGUUCUUGCCAAACUGCUGUAGUACGCCGUCGAUGCGAUUCUGAGAUCUACGGAUGCCCUUGCAAGUUGGUUGUUUACCUUUUUUCAUUUUAGAAAAAAUCGGCCUCACUGUGGAAACUUUUAUUGACCACUUUAGAGUAUUGACGUAUUAGUGUCAAGUGGCCUCUUUAGUGUCCUCUCCAAGUAGUCCAACAACUCAAGCGGCCACUAGAGAAACGAUGAUUUUCCGAAUGUUUUGGAAUCAGUGUGUCACCAUGUAGUCCUCAGCCAAGUUUUAUAGAAGAACUCUUAUCUGGAACCUUCCACACUUCCCUAGCAAGUUAGAGCGCCAAACAUUAUUUAUUUGCGUUUUGUGUUAUCCUUUAUGUGAGCUUUUUUCAUUGCAGAGGACCACCUACAUAUACGAAGCUGUGUAAAAGCGAAGCUUGUGACUGCUCCAAACCCCCCACUUUGACUUACGAGUCUUGUGCAAAGUACAACUCACCUUGCUGUCCGCCCUUCACGCUGAACCCCGAUGGAAAGACUUGCGGCCCACCAACGGAGCCUCUAGAAGAAAUCAUCAAGACUCCAGAAUGCUGCCCACUCGGUUUGAAGUCUCAUCUUUUGAAAAUCGUGUGACUUUAAGAGUACCCAUGGAGCGCGUGGACCGAGUGGACGGGUUGUACUAAAUCUUGUGGUUUUUGCGGGUCGAUGACGCGUAGAAGGACGUGUCCAGCGAGAAAGUUCGGCUGUUCUUGGUACGUCUCCUGAAUUCAAUUCGUAUAGCCACUUGAGCCAGGCCCAACUAUAGCUGAUUCACGGCUGACUGAAGCCAUCGAAAAACGGGUCCUGACAGGAUAGAAGAAGAGAUAGAGCCUGUUAGGUGGAGAGCUCAGACAGGCCACGCCCCUUUAGCGUCCCAAGCUAGCCGUGAAUCAGCUAUACAUCUUCUCUCAACUAAUCGGGACUAACCAAAAAAUAAAAAUAAGAGUUAUACGUUCAGUGGGACGGGCUACGAAAAGGAGACAAAGUCCUGUGGUAGUAAUCUCUGUGACGGCAUCAGCAAUCCCGUUUGCUGCAAAGGAACCGAGACAUUUUUCAAACAGCCAGACAUGGAUGAUGUUGGCAAGUGGUGCGCAGGCGGCGAAACUUGGAGUUUUGAGUGAAUCGCGUUGAUAAAGUUGUUCAGUGUUCGUUUGUGACAUUAUUAUGAGGAAAGCUCAGAAAAUCGAAAAUUGGAAGUGAUGAAAAUGAAUUCAAAGAAGUUUUGAAAGUAAAAAACUUAAAAUUUCAAGAACGAAGAAACUUGGGACUCCAGCAAUAAAGUAGAUAUUGUCCAUCUGCCAAUUUCUCAAUAUCCAUUUUAAUCAGCACUCAUUUAAAAAAAUUCAAAUUCAAGGCUGGCUUGAGCCAUCGAAAAAAGGUCCUGACGCGAUGAGAAAAGAGCAGUGCCUUGUUCGUGGACACGCCCCCUUAGCAACUCAAGUUAGCCGUGAAUCGGCUAUAUAUCCAAAUGUAUUCUCAAAAAAAAGCUCUAUUCUCACAUCACAAAAAUAAACGGUCACAAAAUUCUAACGGAAAGAAUUCGCAAUAAAAACUCGCAACAAUAAAAUUGGGUGUAAUGGUUUUUUUUCCUUUUGGGAUUUUUGCUUUCUGAGCAUUCACCAUCAUCAUGAAGCCGAUUUUCCUUUUUUUGGUAUGUUUUUUGAAGUUUCUCAAAAAAUAAAAUACCCUCCAGAUCUACUUAUUCUCUCCAGCAGCUUCAAUGGAACUCAUUUUGGUAUGGAGAAAUUAUUGAAACAAUAAACUCAUUUAUGAAGUUCAGGACUGCGAUGAAAAGCGGCCGGAGGUUUGAUUGGCCAGUUUGAGGCAUUUCCUAACCUAGUAUCCCUAGAUUGAUCCGCGGUGUUGUCCCAGAGAUGGGAUCUGGUCUGAAUGGAUCACAACGACGGAAAAAUGUCCUGCCUUAUGUGGCUCUUGUGCUACUGUAACGGAAAUUCGCAAUUGUCUUUCUGAUAAGAUCAACUGCCCAUGCAGGUACUCGAAAAAACCUCUUCAUGCUCUUUUUGAGAGACUCAGCUCUAUAUAAUUUUAAAACAGAGGAGAGACGACGCAAAAAGUUUAUUGUGGCACUAACGUUUGCUUUUUCCCGUUGAACAGUUGCUGUUAUCCGUAUACAGCCACGGUGAUUAACCACGACCACGUUUGCAGCAGUCCUUUUGUGAGUUGGAAAAUUAAACCCUUUUUGAUUGAUUUUUCUUCAGCCGCCUGAACCAGUUAGAGCAAAGGCAAGCUGCAGUUUGGGAUGUUGUCCACCGAACGGUUCGUUUAAGAAUUGAAAAGAUGAGAAAAAGUGUAGUCAAAAGGAAAUUUUUUUUUGAUUUCAAAUUCGCAGUUUCUCGAAAUAUAAAAGGCAUAUAUAGUCAAUGUUUCCCGACUUGAAAGGCGAGGGAGGCGGCGCAAGGGGCGGGACGCGUGGCGUGUGCGUACGCGGUUCUUGGCGCCAGUUCAAUUCAGUCGCCGCCGACUAUUUAAAAAGCUCGGCCACCGCUCUUUUUCUGUAUUUUCUUCUAUUUUUUGAUGCACACAUAAACAUAAUCAAUAAAUAAUUAAAAAAACAAGUGAAAAGAGCAAUAAAUAAGCUCUCUGAAUGCUCGCUAGCGGUUGAAUUGCACACGUGCCAAGAACCGCGUACGCACACGCUACGCGUCCCGCCCCUUGCCACGCCUCCCACGCCUUUCAAGUCGGGAAACAUUGACUAUAAACGUGGAUUCGAAAAAUCUCUCAUUUGAGGGUUUCGCUCACGUUUCCUGUUGAUGAAAAUGUUCCACUACCAAUUCAAAAUUUCAAAAGUUUGAUUCCCAGAUAAGGGAGAAACUUUCACAAAAAACACGGUGUUUUUUUCAUUACGCAAGGUCAAGACUUUUCGUAAAUUAUGAUGCUUAGGGUGUAAGCACACCGAGACGCACUAUCGCAUACUCAAAAUGUUUUUUUUUAAUUUUUAGAAUUUGCGAUUUCAGGAUAAUAGCUCCUGAAAUGUUCGAAAGUUGUCAGUUUGAAGAAUAUGAUGUGAAAAAAAUUCACUUACGUUGAAAAAAACAUUUAGGAACGAUUUCGAAAGGGGAAAAACUCUAAAUUACUGAUUACAAAAAUAAAAAAACAAAAAAAUAUUAUGUAAAUGAAUCAGCUCCCAUUGAAUAAGCAUUUAUAAAUACGAAAAAAAUAUUGAAAUGAGGAAAAAUUCGAGGAGCAAAUGAAAAAAACAUUUUAUAUACCUCGAAAACCUAGCUUCAGAAAAAAACAAGUAAUGGAUAGAAAGCAGAAAUUUUUAGAAAAAAACCUCGUAUGGCGAAAUUUUUUUGUUUAAAUUCGAAAACCAUCAAAAAAACUAGAAAAAAAUAUAUAAUUUAGAUGAUUCAUAUAUCAAAAAUCAUUAAACUGCAUCAGCAAAUUCAAUUUGGCUCUAAUUUACACGAAACCGGUUUCAAACUACGUCAAAGGAACUAGAUAAUAACUUUUCAUUAUUAACUGAUUAAAUUAAAAACUAUAGUUUCCGAAAUAGAGUUACUCUUUUUCAUGUCGCGAAACAGAUUUCAAAAAUUUUUGAAAAAAAUUAGGACUUUUUAGAAAAAAAUCUUCAACUAUUUUGAGAAAAAAAGUUAAAGAUAUGAAACCGGUUUAGAAAAAGUGCGCAAUUUAAAAACUCCACAAAAAUGUACCCAUAGAGAGGCGGAUCACAUAAAUGCAAGAAAUAGAAAAAAGUAAAAAACCAAUGAAAAAAGUGUAGAAAUUCAAUUUUUGCAUCAGAAACGAUGAGAAGGGCGCAAUGAUGCGCCACGGAUAAUAUGCCGCUGGGACCCAAAAUUUCGCAUUUUUUUUCAUUGCGCGGAACACCGUGAAAACUGUGGAGAUAACUUUUGAACUGUCGCCAAACACGCUUCGCGAUCAAUUGCGCAGCUCGGCAUUUCAAUUUUUGUAAAAAUGACAACACCUAAAAAUUUUUAAGGUAUUUGGAGUGAGUGGGAAGAAUGUUCGACCAUCAAAACCAUGAUCUGCGGGGCUUGCCAAACUGCUGUAGUACGCCGAAGAUGCGAUUCUGAGAUCUACGGAUGCCCUUGCAAGUUGGUAGCUUCCUUGUCUUCUUUGAAAGCGAACACAGGUGAAAAAUCGGAGGAAUUCGUUGAAAAUAAGCUUUAUGAUAGCCCAGAAAAGUGCUCGUUGAGUAAGUUCUAUGAGAACAUUUUCCAGAGGACCGCCUACAUAUACGAAGGUGUGCAAAAACGAAGCUUGUGACUGCUCUCAAGGGCCGAAAUGGUACGCCGAGUCUUGCACAAAGUACAACACAUCUUGCUGUCCGCCGUACACGCUGAACCCCGAUGGAAAGACUUGCGGCCCAGAAACAGAGCCUCCAGAGGAAAUUAUCAAGAGCCCAGAAUGCUGCCCACUGGGUCGGUCUUUUGAAGCAUGCUCCUUUGGAACCGCUCAAUUUUGAGAGUACCCAUGGGGCGUUUGGUCAAGAUGGUCGAUUUGUACUGCAAAGUGUGGUUUUUGCGGAACGAAGACUCGUACCAGAACGUGUCCAGCGAAGAAGUUCGGCUGUUCUUGGUACGUCUCCUAAAUGAAAUCGCUUUGAACUGUCUACUUUCUCUUUUUGCACCCCGUCCAGGGAGCUUCACUGAGAAGAAAGGAAGCAGAAAUAUCAAUGAAGUAUUAUGAAGGCUGUCUUAAAUCGUCGGUUAUCUAAGAAACAAUUUUCAGCGGAAACGGCUUGGAAAAAGAGACCAAGAGCUGCGGCUAUGGCGCCUGUGAUGGUGCGAGCAAUCAAUGCUGCAAAGGUACUCUGAAAGACUUCGCACAGCCCCGAGUAGUUAAUACUAUCCAAUGGUGUUCAGGCGGCGAAACUUGGUCUUUUGAUUGA